GGAACCCAACCCAGGGCGCGGCCAAACAGGUGUCUCGGGGUCGUCGCCGGGGUUGGGACAUGCCGGCUCCCGAGGGAGGCGCGGGGCACUUCCUGCUCCCGCAGUCUCGGCGGAGUGCCGCUGGGUCCGCCUGCCUCCCGGGCCGCUAUCUUGUUGACCUGUGGUCUCCUCUUCGUCGUGGGUCCUCCCCCUUGCCCUCGCGCGCUGGCCGCGGUCGGACGGCGGCGGUGAGGCGGGCUGCUCCCGGGGUCACGACCGGACCACCGAGCAGUCCUGCCCGCCGGGCCCUCCCCGCUGCCUCCGAGCUGCGGGUCGGGCGGGACCGGCGCUCAGGUGUGGGCAUCUUCUGCGGGAGCCGCAGGGCUGCCGCGCCGCGCGAGCGCCUGCCACAAGUGCUGGGGGCUUCCUCGGGGCUGUCUUGGAUCAUCAGAAAUACACUUUCGGGAAAUGGCCUCUAAAUCUUGGCUGAAUUUUUUAACCUUCCUCUGUGGAUCAGCAAUUGGAUUUGUUUUAUGUUCUCAGCUAUUUAAUAUUUUGUUGGGAGAGCAAGUUGACACCCAGCCUAAUAUUCUUCAUAAUGACCCUCAUGCUAGGCAUUCAGAUGAUGAUGGACAGAAUCAUCUAGAAGGACAGAUGAACUUCAAUGCAGAUGCUAACCAACAUAAAGAUGAGAACACAGACAUCGCUGAAAGCCUCUAUCAAAAGGUUAAAAUUCUUUGCUGGGUUAUGACAGGGCCUCAAAAUCUAGAGAAAAAGGCCAAACAUGUCAAAGCUACAUGGGCCCAGCAUUGUAAUAAAGUGUUGUUUAUGAGUUCAGAAGAAAAUAAAGACUUCCCUACUAUAGGAUUAAAAACCAGAGAAGGCAGAGACCAACUAUACUGGAAAACAAUUAAAGCUUUUCAGUAUGUUCAUGAUCAUUAUUUAGAAGAUGCUGAUUGGUUUAUGAAAGCAGAUGAUGAUACAUAUGUUAUACUAGACAAUUUGAGAUGGCUUCUCUCAAAGUACAGCCCUGAAGAACCCAUUUACUUUGGGAGAAGAUUUAAGCCCUAUGUAAAGCAGGGCUACAUGAGUGGAGGAGCAGGAUAUGUACUGAGCAAAGAAGCCUUGAAGAGAUUUGUUGAUGCAUUUAAGACAGAAAAAUGUACACAUAGCUCCUCCAUUGAAGAUUUAGCACUGGGGAGAUGCAUGGAAAUUAUAAAUGUAGAAGCAGGAGAUUCCAGAGAUACCACUGGAAAAGAAACUUUUCAUCCCUUUGUACCAGAACAUCACUUAAUCAAGGGUUAUCUACCUAGAACCUUUUGGUACUGGAAUUAUAACUAUUAUCCUCCUGUAGAGGGUCCUGGUUGCUGUUCUGAUCUUGCAGUUUCUUUUCACUAUGUUGAUCCUACAACUAUGUAUGAGUUAGAAUACCUCGUUUAUCAUCUUCGUCCAUAUGGUUAUUUAUACAGAUAUCAACCUGCCUUACCUAAAAAUAUACUAAAGGAAAUAAGUCAAAAAUACAAAAGUGAAGAUCCAAAAGUGAAGUUGGAAAGCCUUGAAAGAAAAACAUAAAUGAACAGAGGUAAAAUGUCUAGCACUGCACUGAAGAACUUCUGCAUUUCUGAUACAGAACACUGGAAUCUCAGUGAGGAAUUCUUUCCAAGUGAACAUUCCAUAUUAGAAAUCUUUCAUAUGAAUGACUGUAAACUGAAGCUUUAAGUGAGCUGUGAAGUCUGUUAAAAUGUGUUUUGAUACAGUAAUAUAUAUGUGAAAAAUUUGUGUUUUUAAAAUGGUGGCCAGGCAGAAGGACUAGAAAAGAGAUUUGUUACCUGUUCCUGACCACAUGUAUUAUUUUCACUGACAACCUAAAACAGUUAAAUUUGCUGAAACUACACUGCACCGUGUUAGUAACACACACAUGAUGCUAAACAGAUCUGCCUUAAAGAAAAUUUUAGAGGAAAUACUGUUGCUCAGUGUUGUUCAUAAACUCAAGACAUGAGUUUAUAUUUCCAGUAUGAUAUCUCCCGCCGACACACACAUGCAGUUUUUGUCUAAUGAAAAUUUAGCUGUGGCUAUUCGUAAUUGGCAGCAUUUCUUCCAGAAGAAGAUAGAAUAAGAAUGGCACUUGUCCUAAAGUGCAUUAAUAAAACCACAUUUUGAAAUUAUCCUGGGCCUUGACUGUAUUAUAUACUUGUUCUAAUUAGUAAUUAAUCUUGUACUGAGUCCCUGUUGUCUCUUUUCUAAAUAUGUUUAACCAUUCUUGAAUACCAUUCUCAACUAUUAGUAUUUAUUUACUCAAAACAUUAAUAGCAUUCUGUAAACAUGCAUUUUUAAGUAUUUUGUUCCCAAAUUUACCCAUAAUAAAUAGUAAAUUUAAUGCUAUUUGGGGAUGCUUUUCUUGUAUCAGUGCCACUCUCAGGAAUUACUAAGUGACAUUUUUAAUUGUUUAAAACUCUUUCCAACUACAUAGUUAUAGUUUCUUUUAUUCUCAUCCUCUUGAGAGAUGAGAAUUUGUGCCUUUCAUAACUUGUUUGAAGCAGAGCUUUGAAAUUCAUUUUUAGGAUCUGAGGUGGCUACUAGUUAAACUGGCAAAAUAAUUUGAAUACAAGAUUUUGAUCAGAGUUAAUUAAAAAUAUUAGAAAAUGCAGAGUGCUUAAACAAACUCAAUAUGUCAGAUAUUAAAAGAUACUGAAAUAAUUUAUAAAGAGCCUGAAUUUUGAUGCUGAUGUAGUAUUUGGGGAUGAUUGUCUUGCCAGUGGAUAAUUCUAACAGAGCAGAGUACCUAUUCAAGACUGUCAUCAAAAACACAUUCAUAAAUGAUUUGUUCUACUAGUGACCCUCUAUUUAAAGAAUUUCUGAAAGGAAGGAAAAUUUUAAAUUUUUUGUUGUCUUUAGCAAUAUUGUUUGUAUUGUAACAAAACAUUUUACAGACUUUGAAUAAGAUUAUCUUAAAUGUUACAAAUUUCUCUUAUGUUUAUAGUUAUGCUAAUUUUACAUGGUUGUCAUGCCAUUGACUCUGCUGCUUAGCUAAAUAGUUUAUAUUUAUUGUGCCAAAACAUGUCAAAACCAUGACCUCUUUGGAUGGUGUAUUUGAAAGAAUAUUCAUCUUAGUGGCUAAUUAUGGACUAUGCUGUCUACAUAGUGAAAGCUCACACCAGUUUUUAUCUAUUAAAUUGUUUUUUGUUUUCACAAUGAUAUUAUCUGCCAAAAUUUCAAGGCAUUCAUUCUAUUCUUUGAACAACUGUUCACCUUGGUGUGGAUAUGAAUUUAUUUGCAGUCCACAUAUGCAACUUUUUCAUACUAUAAGUAUAAAUGGUUUAUCGUAAACAUCCAAAAAACCUUAAAAUUCACUCAUAGGAAAUUAACAUUGUGAUGAAUCCUGGUGUCUGGAGUCAGACUACUUGGGUUUAAAUUCUUGCUCCAUCACUUACUAGUUUUGUAACCUUGACCAAUUUACUUAAUUUCUCUGUGCCUCAAUUUCCUCAUCUGUAAAUUAGGGACAAUAAUACUACCUACCUCACAGGAUUUUUUUGAGGAUUAAAUGAGUGAAUAUUUGUAUGACUUUUAAGACAGUGUCUGGCCCAGAGUAUGUAACAAUUAGUAUAAGAUUUUAUUAUUAUUCUGUUACCUCAGAGUGUAAAUAUUUGUUUUAAAUGAAUGAAAGAUCUGCUUUAAUCAAAUCAGAUGUUGAAGGAAAUAGUUCAUACAUUUCUUAUAAUGAAUAAUAGCUAGUUUUUGUCUGAUGCCUACUGUAUGCCAGAUGCUGUGCUUAGGGACUCUAUGUACAUUAGUGUUAAUCCUCACAAAUUGGGUGUUAUUCCCAUAUUAUGGAUCAGAAAACUGAGGCUUAGAGACUAUUAAAGUAACUUUUCUACUGUCACAAUGCUGGUAAGUAACAGAGCUAGGAUUUAUGCUCAAGUCCUGCGUGUCCUCUCUACCAUGUCAAGCCUUGAGGUUAGUCACUUAGCAUUAUUUCUGUUUUUACUUAUUGACAUGUGACAUCUGAUACAUUGGCCAGUAAUAGUCAAAUCAACCAGCCAAAUUGUCAUAGUGGUUCACAAAUUUUGUUCUUAUACUCCUGCCUGGAGCUUGUUAAAAUGGAGAUUUCAAGAUCCCAAUUCCAGAAAUUCUAAUUCUAGCAUGGAGCCCAGGAAUAUAUGUUCUUAUCAGGUAUCCCUGGGCAGUGCUUCUUAAAGUAUAGUCCCAGCCAGCAAUAUCAGCAUCACCUAGGAACUUGUUGAACUGCAACCUCUCCUGCCCUCCCAACCCCUGCCACCGGGCCUACUAAAUCAGAAGCUCUAGGGGUGGAGGGUAGCAGUUAUGUUUAAACAAGUCCUUCAGUCCUGUUCAUGCUAGUUUGAGAACCAUUGUCCUAAGACCUAGGUGAUUCUGAUGGCAAAUGAUCCUUGAAACACGCUGACAAUUACUGCCCCAGAAGUAAAAUGUCUUUCAAAGAUUUAGAUAAAGCAUGUUUUAAAUCAGCGUGGUUCAAGAUCACACUGCAUUAAAUGUGAAAGACUUUAAAGAUACUUUAAAGGAUCAGUGCAUCAUUCAUUUUGGCAAAAUUCGUUAGCUUCUUCAGAGUGACUAACAUGAGGACCCACAGUAAAAUCUGUAAUUCUCCAAGGUUAGUAGUUUCACAUUGGGGCAGGAAGGGUUCAUUAAGUACUAGUAAGUACAUACUAAUUCAUUAAAAGCAUAGCUAAAUAAGUGUCAUCAAAAAUGUUCACAAUUGUUAGUAAAAAAUUUAAGUAGAGGUAGCAAAAAACUAUUAUAUAAUAUGCAGAAUGUUAUUCUGCUAGUUGAUAUUAUCAAAAUUUCAUCACUUUCAAGAAUCAGUUGAUUGUCUUAUAUGUCCUAAUAAAGCAAAAAAUUCUCCAAGUAUUUGAUAGAGCACAUAAAACCAAUUUUCGUGGUCAUAAUGACUUAUCAUCUUUUAAAUUAAGAUCUUUAUCAUUUGGAUAAGUGAUUUUAUUGUGGUCUCAAAACAUAAGACUUUUGUUAUCUUAUGUUUUCUGAUCACAGUACACUGGUAUUUUCAAAUAGAAAGGUCACAGAUGAUACAAAGCAGAGUUUUGUUCCAGAGUUACACUUAUUUGUUUUCAAAUACCUUAAAUUUUAGAGGAGUUUUUGUUUCUGUAAGAAGAUUCUAAAAUAAAUUACUAGUUUUUUAUAUUUUUUGAAAUAUGGUAAAAUUAGAUUUGAGCAUUAAAUUUGCUUAUAGUUAUUGUCAUAGUUGUUUCUUGAGUAUUAAUUUUUCAGUUACUUGAGCCUAUUAAACUGUAUUCCUACCAGAUUGAGGCUUGAAAAAUCCCUCACUUGAUUGAUUAGAUCAAGUCCAUCCUUUUAUUUUUCAUUUCAAUUUUCAGUUCAUUAGAGUAUUCUUUGUAUUUAUUACCCUUCAUUUCCUCUAUAAUUAAUUUCCAUUUUCUAACUACUUUUAAUGCUGCCUUUACAAGGUUAAUUUGGCUGUUAUUAGUGAUUAGAAUUUGUAUCACUUAGUGAUAAUGUUAUACCUAUUAACUUUAGGUUUCUCUAUGAGAUUGGCAGUAAAAAUCUGUCCAAUAAUAAUGCCUGCUGGCUCUCAGGAUACUUGCCCUGCUUAAACAUCUACAAUUUUAAACUAAUGCUAGAUAGACUAUUAUUAAAUGAAGUAAAGUUAUUUGGAUUCCACCACUUCCCUCCCUUCCCUUUUCUCAAAAACAAACAAAAAACUCAGUUGCCUCAUUUCUCUACUUCUUUAUAUAGGCCUGACAGAAACAUACUUAAGAAAUCUGGGAGACAACCUGUGGUUUAUUUUAUGCUAAAUGUAACUUCUAUUGAUUUUUUUUAAAUGACUUAUGUUUAUAUAUUGAGUUGAAAUAGAAAUUUAAUACAGAUUAGAAUAAGAAAUUUUACAAAUUCUCUUUAGAGAAAACACUCCAAAACUAGUUUAGAGUUAAAUAGUACUCUAUUUCAACUCCUUUACCUCUCUAGUUUUCAGUUUAUAUCAGUUAAGUUUAAAUAACUUUGCAGGGCCCUGCAAAUUAAUAAUCCAUAUAAAGUAUAUUAUUAGAGGGAAACUAAUCUUACUGCUAAGCAGUGUGUUAUAUUACACAGUGAAUGUUUGUGUUUUGGAAUUUUAAAAUUAUGUAAGAUAAUAGUAUCAUAAAUGGUUUAAGAAUGUCUGGUGACUUGCUUAUUUUAAGUGAUCACCAAUAAGUCAGAAAAAUGUAUUUUUAAAUGUUUUUUCAAGUGCCUUUGAACAUUUUUAAACAAUGGAUUUAAGCAACCGCAUAAAAUAAAUUACCAUGUUUAAAGCUGUUUUAUCUGAUUAUUUUUAACUGAUGUAAAAGUUGCCAGAGAAACAUUGUCUCUUAUGGAUAGUUUUGGGGUUAUUUUACCAAAAAUAUUUUAAAUUGUUUUCCGAUCAAAGUUCUUUAGUUUGAAUAGGCUUAAGUAGUUUUUACUACAGUGUAUAUUAUUUUUCCUUAAAGCAAUAAAAUAUCCCACCUCUAAUUUUGA